CGAUUCCGAUGUGUCUGACACGUGCAGUUAUGUCGGCGUAAGGACGGACCGCAUCUAGAAAUAUAACAAGGUGGUGUUGCUGACAAAGGCGCUGAAUAAAGACACUGUUCCUCAGGAAUGCCUCGAAAAACUCCUGUUAUCGGCUGUGCGUGCGGCGCGUUUGGCGGGAGUGCCGGAAGCAUCGAUACGUAUGACCGCUGGCAAUAUCGCAGAAUUACUGCGCGUAGCUAUCGUAGAAGUUUGGUUGAUGUGGAAGUGAUGAGACAGGUGGUGUUGAUGUUGUGGUACUCGGCGCCAGUGAAGCGCGGUGCUGUAGACUGUUUAUGUUUGCGAUACUUGGACAAAGACGCGAGGUUGAUCUGCGCCUGCUGUAAAGACUGUACAGCUGGGGAGGAUACGAAGUCAAGACUACCAUAGUGACACGAAGGAGAUCGCAUGAAUGUGUUGAGAUCUUGGAGAGGUAGCCAAGUCAACUCUCACUCACUCUCCAAUUCUCCCCCAUUUAGCCCUUCGAAUUGCAACUCUCAUCAUGUGGGGUCCUUGUGUGGUGCAGCGGUUGUGCCGUACACCUGGUAAUGGAAAGACCUCU